CGGAAGCGGAAGCGUGUCCCUGGUGUCCCGCCGUCGGGUCGCGCGAUUUGCGGCAUGGCUUUUCGGCAGGCGCUUCAGCUGGCGGCCUGUGGUCUGGCCGGUGGCUCGGCCGCUGUUCUCUUCUCGGCGGUCGCGGUAGGGAAGCCGCGAGGUGGCGGGGAUGCAGACACGCGGGCGACCGAGCCGCCGGCCUGGACGGGAGCGCGAGCCGGGCGCGGCGUCUGGGACACCAACUGGGACAGGCGAGAGCCACUGUCCCUCGUUAACCUGAAGAAAAGGAACGUGGAGUCUGGAGAAGACGAGCUGACAUCCAGGCUGGACCACUAUAAAGCCAAGGCCACAAGGCACAUCUUCCUCAUCCGGCAUUCCCAGUACCAUGUGGACGGCUCCCUGGAGAAGGACCGCACCCUGACGCCAUUAGGUCGGGAACAGGCUGAACUCACAGGGCUCCGACUUGCAAGCCUGGGAUUAAAGUUUAAUAAAAUUGUCCAUUCCUCUAUGACCCGUGCAGUAGAGACCACAGACAUCAUCAGCAAGCACCUGCCAGGUGUCUGCAGAGUCAGCACAGACUUGCUACGGGAAGGUGCCCCCAUUGAACCGGAUCCACCUGUCUCUCACUGGAAGCCAGAGGCUGUGCAGUAUUAUGAAGAUGGAGCCCGGAUUGAGGCUGCCUUCAGGAACUACAUCCACCGAGCUGAUGCCAGGCAGGAGGAGGACAGCUAUGAGAUCUUCAUAUGCCACGCCAAUGUCAUCCGCUAUAUUGUUUGUAGAGCGUUGCAGUUUCCCCCAGAAGGUUGGCUCCGCCUGUCUCUCAACAACGGCAGUAUCACCCACCUGGUGAUUCGACCCAAUGGUCGUGUGGCACUCAGGACCCUUGGGGACACAGGGUUCAUGCCCCCAGACAAGAUUACUCGGUCCUGAGGCUGCCUGUCAGAUUGCACGCUGUCCUCUGCUGGUGGCCUGACUACAGCCUUCCCUUGUCUUCCACAGCUGUGCUGUGGCUUCAUGUUGUCUCCAGAAGAGGAUAUCUCAAAUGUCACGUUUGGGUGCUUUAGUUCUGGCUCGUGCUCAAGAAGGCAACUUAGGAGUUAGAUGGCCUUUGAACGUUUUCUACUUUACCAUUACCACCAGCACAGCCCUAUGAGGUGUGACAGGAGCCUUCCUAGGUAGAAGGCAGGUCUGUCAUGGGUACUAGCCUGGCUGUACUGUAUCACGUGAUUACAGUAGCUCAGCCAAGCAAUCCAUAACGUCUGGCAGAGACCUGUCUGGUAGUAUGGUGGUUGUUUACAGGUGACAUUACAUUUCAUAUACUGCAAUCUAAGACCUUUGGUUGCUUAUUUAUUAAAGAUUUUCAUGUGGUUUCUUGCUUUGAAAACCAACUUCUCAGCUCAAUUAAGAGAUCCUGUGUUUACUGCAUCUGAAUGAAGGACAAAGGGGCUGGCUUCCUAUAUGGUAGAUAAAAACCAUGGAAGAAGUAGCACUGCAAAAAGACUGUAUAAGGUCUGUAUAAGGCAAGUAGGUGACAGCCCUGUAAGAGCUUCUUUGGAGGCAAAGAUAUAGCCCCCACUGACUGACCAGAGGAGGCAGCAUAUACUUGUAAUUCUAGCACUUGGGAGGCAGAAGCAGGAUCAUGAGUUACUAUCCAGCCUGAGUUACGUUUAAAGACCCAGAAAAAUAUCCCUGACCCACAGUUCCAUCUUAGUUUGCUACUGGCUACUGUUAACCUUGGACUUGUAGGUUAUUUAGAAAUGAUGUGUUUACUCCAGAUAGUCUGAUGACUUAAGAAAAAAACUGGCUUUUAUGUAUGUGGUUUUUGGUUUUGCUUUUUGAGACAGAAUCUUAAUUAUUGCUCAGGCUGGCUUCAAAUUUGAGACCCUUCUCCAUCUUGUAAAUGUUGGGAUUGCAUGUAUAUACUAUCAUACCUGCUUCCCUCUCGCCCCCUCAAAAACCCAAGUACAGUUUCUAUGGCGUGGUUGUGAGCAUCUUCUGUAAUCAAUGCAAUGAAUUGGAAUAUUCGAUGUACCUCUCUGUCCUCUUUGGGAAUAAGUAUGUAAUAAAAUUUUACUUUUUUUUGUUGUU